GUAGUAAAAAAUGGCAACUGUGUCUGAUGUUAGUCUAACAUCUGAAAUUUUGGUUAAGCAAGAUGAAAAUAAAAUACCCCCAGAAGACAUUGAUGGGAUUCACAACAUUCCGGAGAAAAAAUAUAAAAAAGAACAAGAUGUCGAUCCUUAUGAGAAAAAAUAUUACGUACUCCUUCGGAGGUGUGAAAGCGUUCAACAGAGUAAUGAAAGAAUUGUGAACAGAAUUCGACAUGUAAAACAAUUAUUGAGGCAUUUUAGAAGAGAUCGCAGGUGUUUAUUGCAGAGGCUAGAUCAGCUUGGUGAUGACUACAGGUCUGCAGCUCUGGAGCUAAUGAUGGAGGACAGUCACCUUGACUCGAGUCCUGCUCCAUCAGUGACAUCAUCAUCAACCGAUAAUUUUAGUGGACUACCGACAGAAUCUCCUCGAACAAUUACAACUACAUCAACAAGUACACCAACUUCUCGAGCUCCACCAAAGCAAACAUGUCCUCCAUCUUCUUCCUCAUCAUCCAAAAAGAGGGUUAGGCCAGAUAAGGAUUCAUCAAGUUCGAAGAAAGUUCAGGUAGCCUCAUCAUCAUCACUGGAACAAACUUCAACCACGAAGAAAGCUAUGAAUCCACUUACGUUAAGUGGGCCCGAACUGAAGACAUCAAACAGUUUAGCAGGAACAUUUGUCCCUGUGAAAAAGGUAGAUUUUGGUUCAUUAGGUUUUUUUUCUUUACUAUUUAUAAAUCAGAAUGCUAGUAAUAUUUAUUGCUUAAUGUUUUGUAGCCAAUAUGCUGAGAAAUAA